GCCGGCUGUUUGUUGCUUGUGGUGCCGCAAACAGUUUCGUUUCGGGCAACAUGGAUAAGGAGGACAAGCAGGUCGAUCAGGUUGUUGAUGCUCUUCUCCUGCGGACAACGGAUCUCAAGAACAACAUUCAACAGCUGAUCUGCCGUUUGGAGAACGAGUACGAAACAUUGCAAUGGCCAGCCGUACUCGACAACUUCGCCCUCAUAUCGGGACAGAUGAGCAACCUACUGAAGGUCCUCCGAAGUGACAAGAUUCCCAAGUUACGGAACCGGAUCAUCCUUCCGCUGCUGGUAUCGCCCGAUCCUGAUCCGGAAUUGCAGCGGAUCACCGAAGGUCGCGUUCCUCUAUUCAAUCAUCAAGCGGUUCCGGACUAUUUGAGAACCCUGUGCGAUCCGGAGAUCGAAGCCGCAGAUCAGGCAAUCACAGCGAAAGCGUCUCAGAUGACCGGAGAAGCAACACAGAAACUUAUCGUGGCACAUAAUAGAAUCUCUCAGAAUGCUUGUGAAAUUAUUCGUUCGAGCCGUGACGAUUGGGACGUGGAUGCAUCGAGUAGAGCCCCUCCGAGUUGUAUAGCAAGCGAAACUACCGUACUUGUCAGCGCAACUCUGGGCGGCAGGAGUGUGCGAGGACCAGGACCUCACGGGAGUGGGGCCCUCGGAACGAAUAGCCCAAAACCGAUUGGCGGCCCGAUGGGACCGGGAGGUUCUCGAGGAGGCUCGAUGGCUGCCCCGCAAUCUGGUGGGGGCAAGAUGCCAACGGCCACGAUCAAGACGAACAUCAAGAGCGGCGGGGGAAUGUCGCAUCCCUACAUGCGUUGA